CUUCUUUUUUAGGAUGGACGUUAUUUUUAUCAUUUCACUCGGAACUCUGUUAUCGACGACCAAAGUAGACUCUUUUUUGAGACUUCCAACUGAUGCUGAUGUUCAAUCCAAAGAAGAUAUUUACAUACAUGUAACAGAAGGGAAAAGAACAAGGAGAUCUGCAGACGACAAUUUUCAUCCAGAGACGUUUGACCUUGAUUUAACAGUUGAAGGGUUAUCAAUACAUAUGCAUCUUACGCGUAAUGACCACAUACAGACAAAAGUGCCAACCUUGACCGUUCAAAGUGGCAGUAUUAAGUCACAUGCUGUUUCAGACAACGAGGAAUCAAUAUUUUACCAAGAUAUUCAAACAGGAGCACUAUUAGUUAUGCAGAGUGACCAUACAAAUGGUAGUAGCAGUAGCAUGUUUGGAGUAUUUCAUGCAAAUGGAGAGGAAUACAUUAUUCAAUCACCAGAUGAAAUGACAAACUCCCAAUUGAAACAAAGAUACAGCAAAUUUCAUAUCUUCAAAGAAACAAUUCAAAAUAUUACAUUUGAUGAUCUUGUGCUAAAAGAAAUAACAGAAACAAAGCUAAAAAUUGAUUCAAGAAAAAGACAUAAACGUGCUGCAGGCGCAUACCGGCUAGAGCUACUUAUAGUCGUAGACUAUUCUAUAUACCAGUAUUGGUAUGAUAAAAGUACUAAAUCCACUCAUGCUGAAAAAGACGAAGAAUCAAUAGCAACGAUACGACAGUUUUAUGCUUUCAUCAUUAAUGGGAUGGAUGCCAUGUACAAAAACAUUCAAACGACGUCUUACAGUAUAUCAAUUGAGUUUGCCGGAAUAAUAAUUGCCCAGACUCCAUCGGAUUCCUCAUGGACAGAGACAAUAAAAAUUACCAGUGUUAGUCCAUACCAAGUGGAUUCGUCAGACGCACUUACUAAUUUUAAGAACUGGGUACAGUCAACAAGUGGAAGCCUACCUGGACAUGAUCAUGCAAUGCUUUUCACCAGAUACGACUUAACUUCCGGUGGAUCAACAUCGAAUGCAGGGCUAGCCUACAUGGGAGCAGUGUGUACCAAUAUCGGUCAGUCCAUUGUAGAGGACCAUUUCAACUUUGUCAUGUUAACAGUAGCCGCCCAUGAAUUAGGACACAGCUUGAGCGCAUCGCAUGACGGUGAAGGAAACGGUUGCAGUUUUAGUGAUGCAUACAUAAUGGCGUCUUCUAGUAGCCCACAAACACCAGGCAGUGCUAUAGCUACUAAUCCAUGGAAGUUUUCGUCAUGUUCUACAAAUUAUUUUACCGCUUAUAUUGACACGCUAGAAACAAAUUCAGCGAAUUGUAUGUUAUCGCUAAGUCCUGGCUUCAACGCGACAGCUCUGUCAGAAUUUGGAAACGAUGUAGCAGGUCAGAUAUACGAUGCACACGCACAAUGUGAAAACAUAGUAGGACCAGGGUCGUAUUUGUGUACGCAUGUCAUUGUUGUUGUCAGGACCGUUAUUCUGGUGAUUUCACAUCAAUAUGUACCGUCAUGUGGUGUGCACUUCCAGACCAACCAGGUUAUUGUACAACAACAACAGCAGCUGAAGGAACGCUCUGUGGUAAUCAAAAGUGGUGUCAGACCGGACGCUGUGUUUAUGAUGCUGCAGCACCUACAGGCAGUAGUUCUUGUUUAUACGGGGACAAAAGAGGCGCCAUUUUUUCUAACCAGCCAUGGAACUGUUCAGUUAUUGCUCAGGAUUACUCAAACAACUGCCCAAAUCUAG